AUGCUGCUGUCAGAUUAAUAGGUGCGGCCAUGUUGAUCUGUAGCGAAUAAAAUAGAAUAAUUUUGCUUUUAGGGAAUAAAAAUUGACACAAUAUGCCCAAAUGCGACCUCAAAACGAGAUACAUCCCCGCGACCUUCGCCUGGACAUUGCUUUUGGGCACGACGUCACUAUUUUUUUAUUUUCCAUGCCAGUACUAUCUACAAAGGCACCCAUGGGUCCCGGCGUAUCAAGGUGUCAUAACGUUUUUUGUUUUGGCCAAUUUUACACUGGCCACUUUCAUGGACCCGGGAGUUAUACCAAAAGCUCCACCUGACGAGGACCGCGAAGACGACUUCCGAGCUCCUCUGUAUCGCAGCGUGGAAAUAAAUGGCAUAACUGUACGAAUGAAAUGGUGCGUCACGUGCAAGUUCUACAGGCCGCCGCGCUGCUCGCACUGUUCUGUGUGCAAUCAUUGCAUAGAGACAUUUGACCACCACUGCCCUUGGGUGAACAACUGCAUAGGGCGCCGUAACUAUAGGUUCUUCUUCUUCUUUCUAAUAUCGCUUUCCAUACACAUGCUAAGCAUAUUCGGACUCAGUCUGUACUUCAUCAUGAACAACAACGGCCGCACUUUGACAGAAGUCGAGCCUAUUGUGUCAAUGGUGAUAAUGGGCGUAAUAGCCCUCCUAGCCAUCCCGAUAUUCGGGCUGACAGGGUUCCACAUGGUGCUGGUGUCGCGAGGCCGCACCACCAACGAGCAGGUCACGGGCAAGUUCACCGGCGGCUACAACCCCUUCUCGAAGGGCUGCUGGUACAACUGCUGCUAUGCGCAGUUCGGCCCGCAAUAUCCUAGCCUAGUCCGCCCAUCGAAAUACGUAUACAAGGGCAAGAAGCGCCGCGAGCUCCGGCCGCCCUCCGACUCGGCCAUAUCGACAAUCGCGACCGACCAUCAGGUAAAGACGUACACGGCCGACAACGGGACGGCGCACCGCGUGGUCGGCGCACACGCGCACUAUAACAAGCUAUCCCCCGGUCGCGAAGAGCCCUCCUGCGAGAUGGAAGGGCCGGGCGCCUCCCAGUCCGCCGACUGCGAGCCCACGCCGCCGCCGAUGCAGCGCCGCGGGUCCGGCGCGAACCUGUUCCCGCCCGCCGACCAUCACCUGCCGCCGCGACAUCACUACCCGCGGCUCAGCCCGCUCUCUAGGAACACUAGCCAUGGCAACACAACAACCGGCUACCGCGUAGUGAUGGAGCCCCUGCGCUACGACGGCGGCGCGAACGGCGCGCGGCCCUCACCCACCAUGCAACAGCGCAUCAAGUCGCUCGGAGUGGCAACGCCGCUCGCCGUGAGCAGUCCUGUGCGGAGGUCCAACCCGGGCACGCCCACCGCGCCGCGCCGCCCCGACUUCAUCGGCGUCGGCCGCGCCGCCUCCCCGCAGCGCCGCUUCCUGUCCGAGGGCGAGCUGCUGCGCGACCCGCCGCCGCCGCAGCCGCACCCGCACCGCCCCACGGCCGACGACAUCCGCGAGCUGGCCGCCUCCCCGCAGCGCGGCAACUACCUGUGGGCCGAGCGGCCCGCGCCCGUCCGCGGCGGCGUGCCCGUGUUCCCGCCCGGCGCCCCGUCGCCGCUGCCCCGCCGCAGGCCGCCUCCCUCGCACCCGCCCCCGCAGCGGCCCCUCUCCUUCGUGCGCGCGCUCGAGGUGCAGGACCAGCUCGAGGCGCGCGCGCCGCCCAAGGACCCGCCCGACCGCGCCUCCGUCUACGACUGCAACUACGAGAUAUCCGUUUGAGACGCCCGAACUUUUAAAGAAACGUUCCGUGUUCAACGUUCCGAUGUUACCUUAGCGUGUGACGAUGCGACUCGGUUAUACGUUCUCGACCUCCGCGGUGUCGGACGUUCGGUCCGUCUAGUGCUCCGAGUGCGGCCCGCAUGUGAUUCCAAAGAACGUGUUUGUUAUUUUUUGUUUAAUGUUGUAACGCACAAUGAUCACUGAAAUUGACCAUGGAAAACCUACGUGUAAAUUUAGAUAUUCGAAUUUGAACUUAUUGGAGAAUAUCAGGCCGCCGGUCAGCAUUUUGUAUCCUCAAGCCAUAGAGUAGGUUCGCGGUGAGGAGUGAUUGUGUAACGUUACUAUAUAGUCAAUAGCGAUUAAAUGUAAGACUCGGGUUAUUGCUCGUAAGGUGUAAUUAGAGUUUUAUAUGUAUGUAUAUUUGUGAGCGAUUUGUAUUGUUGAAUUAUAUUUUACUUUGUUGACAGAGCGUGUACAUAGUCCCCCCCCCCAAGUGUUGUGAUUCCGAGAUGACAAUUAUAGAAGUAUAUAGAAAUUGUAUCGACAAUUUGUGUGUCUCAAUUAUUCUGUAUAAAAUAUAUUUAUAAAAAAUAAGAUUUAUUUGAGCUGUUGUAUGUUUUUCCUUUAGGUUUAAUGUACUCCAAGGAGACGCGUGGUUACGGAAUUGACUGAUUUGUUACUGCUUCAAUUUUCUUAGUUUCGAACUCGGUGUGAGCGCACCAAGUUAAGAAUAUGUAAAGACUCGAUCUGUUACUUCUAUGGCUCAGCGACUGUACACAUAUUUGACACAAACUACAAAAUUCAGUAUUGAUUGAUGUAGCACUUAUACGUAAUACUAGGAAUCCACAAUCACAUAGCAUUGACACUUUAUCAUCAUAUCAGCCCUUUAUCGCCCACUGCUGAGCAUAGGCCUCUCUUACACCUUAUACACGUAAAGAAGUAAAAGAUUGACUCUGGUAAUGUAUGUGCCAAAUAUUCCGUAGACACAUAGCUUAGCGCGCAAUCUGUUACUGGAAAUAUCGAUUUUUGUAGAUUAUCUGUGGCAGUUAUGAUCAUGUGGCCCGUGACCAGUAGGUAUUAUAUUACACUUGCUUUAAAAGAUAUAAAUGACUAACACGCUAAUAUAAAAUUAAAUAUCCUUACUGAAUAAAAAUCCUGGUCACGGCACCAUAUUGUAAGGCUGUCUGCACAUUGCACGCCGCUCCGGUGUGCGAGCGGGGCAUCGCUAUAUAAGUGCAUAGCGCUGUCUCCCUUACACUUCAGAACGGUAUUCGGGUCCGCACCAGAGCUAUAAGCUAUAGUAUAGUUUAUGGUCUCGUAAAUGCUUACACUGCCACAGGUAGAUACAUUAUCGCAUAUAAAUUCUCAUUUAGUUUUUGGUUAGCUGAUUUAUUUAGGUCAACAAAAGCAGCGCUGGAGCAUCCCACAAUUAAGUAUACUGAUUCUAUAUUUCAUUGCCAACAACGCUUUACACCUUUUUAUUUUAAUUAUUGAUAGAGCUUAUUUGAAUAUAUAAGUAUACAUGGCAUGCUAUUGUAAAGAAGGGAAUUCUUAAAGUCAAAAACUUAGUGUAUUGAUAAACAGCAAAUAUUGACUAUUUUAUGCGAGGACGUUAAAAUUAAAUUUUAACUACCGACUAAGGUGUAUAUCGUUUGAUACUGAAAGUUCUGAUUACAAUUUUUUUAUAGAACUGUAUUAAGUUGGCAUCUAUCAAAACCUCUUAUUGAGUUUAUUAUCAUAUGUACUUAUGUGUAUUUGUUCGAUACAACUUAAAUCGCUCUGAGGACUAAACAUGAGUAAAAAAAUCAGAGGAAUGGUUAAGAAAUCUUUAAUAUUCAUGUAAAAAAGUCACACUAAGAGCUAAACACCGUACACCCUUUUAACCAACUAUGAAAGGUGUUAUAAGUGUUUUCUAAGAAAGGAUAAAAUGUUCUCAAUGAUCUCGAUUUUCAAAUUUUUCGUCCUUAUAACGCAAUACUUAGAUUUUUACAAUAGAGAAUUCAUAUACAAACAUAUUUUCUUCUUACGAUAUGUAUCUAAAUAACACGUGCGCUAUAGCUAGGUAAAUUGUAUAUCUACACGUAAAUGUAAUCAAAAUGUCACAUCAGUGGCCGAGAUUAUUGUUUGUGUACAUAAUAUCAUAUAUUUAUGUAAUGAGUAACGAUAUUCUAAAAUUAACGCAGACGCAAAUAGGCUGAUACUCGAAAAAGAAAUGCUACAAUUCUUUAGGAAACUAUUAUAGAGUUCAGCUGGAUUUGAGACUGCUUAGUCUGUGGCUAAUUUAAAGGAAAAGUGACUUUAAUGCUUCAGAUACUUAUAUCUCUUCUAUUUUGUAGUAUUAUCUCAACUUUGGUAAUAAGAAGCAUUUGAUGCGUUAGGGUCACCUUUGCGUACCAACAUAUUGUACAGAAACCGUAUAUCUUAUAAUUUAUUAAGAUUAAGUAUGUAAAUAUCCUGCGAUGUAAAACAGUACUAAGAAUAAUUUUGUAUAGAAUGUGUAAUAGCAUUUGUGAAUAACUAUGAUUGAUCAUAAUCACUGUUUCUUCCUUAUUUAUUCGGUGCCAGUAACCUGUUUUUUUCCUGAACAUAUCAGAUGUGUUAAGGUCGCUGCAUACUCAACGUGAUUUUAUGACUAAUCACGUUUCCUAUACGGCUGCCUUUAGUGUGUAGCGUGUGUAAAUUAUGCAAAUUUAUUUGCCAAGCAGUGCUUAGAUUGUGAACGGCCUAUACUUGGAAAAGGAUCAUUAAAUUCAUAUUAACAGACAUUGUAUUAUAGAGACAACAUUCCGAUUUUCAUUUAUUUAUAUCACAUUCGCUGAUAGGAUUUCUUCAUCCAUUUAGUAAAAUAUCAAACUUGUCGGAAUAAACUCAUAUUGAGUGUUUUUUUUUUGUAGAUUUCAUUAUUGUCAUCAACUGUCUCGCGUCCAAGCAAAAUGUACCAUUAUGUGGUUUGCGAAGUCCUUUCUGACUGACAAAAUAAUACCUUUUUUAUGAGACCGUUUUUAUAGAGUUAGAUGGGAUUGAGCCUUACACUGCCAUAUUAUUUUGGCCUAACCCUUCUGUGGUUGAUAAAUGAAUGAAGAAACCUAUUUUGUGUUCAUGUAGCUAGCAAAACAUGCAGUUUUUCGAACCUACAUAGGAUU